AUGCGCACUGCUGCUAUAAUCCCCGCUUCCCCCUUUCCAGUCCCCCUUCUCCUCUCUCCCAUUCACCCCCUUCCCCUCCUUUCCCUUCCCUCCCCCUCCCCUCUUCCCCUCCCCCUCCCUCCCUCCCUCUUCCUGCCUGCUGUUCGUUUCUGGUUCCCCUCUACCUCCUUAUUCAACUCCUCUUCCGCCCCCGCGCUUGCCCCUCGCUGCGUGCCCUCCCCCGCCGCUCCCCGUCCGUUCAAGCCCCCUGCGCCGGUGAAACUUCGGUCGCGCAAGGAUUAUUUGAUAAUAGACAAGUACGAUUGGGCGCAGCUAAACAACCAGCGCCCGCACGUGUGCUACGCCGGCGUCCCCUGCUCCCUCCUGCUGCUUGUACCGAAGCACGCUCUUAACGGGACAAAUGACGCGAUGGGAGACGUGAAGAAGGAGGAGAGGGAGGAGGUUGCGAAACCCGCGGCGAAAUCCGCGAUGGCGUUACGGUUCGACGACGAGAUUCAAGAGCUGGAGCGGCUGCUGCUGCCGCACACGGAAGUGCUCCUGGCGGACGUGAUGGUAACCCUAUACGGCCCGUCGCUGCAGCAUGCUUCGCUGGUUUCGCAGACGGCGACGCCGAACGGGCCGCUGCUGCAGCUGUCCGUGCUGGUCUGGGACGUGGGCGAUUACAGGGGCAUCGUGCGCGCGGACUGCACGCACGAGAGCGCCGUCGGUUCGCGCUAUGAUACCCCGCCGGGUCCGGGGGAGGUGCGCUACUUCCGCGUGCACGUCCACCCCGCCGCCUCCCCCCCCGCCUCCCCCGCCACUCCCCCGUCCCCCGUCUCCGGCCCCUCCGCCCCCGCUUCCGCGCGCCGUUCCGCCGCAGGGGCGGGCGCAGAGGCGGGUGCGGAAGCGGGCGGCGCAGGGGCGGGAGCGGGAGUGGUCGCGGGGGCGGGCGCGGGCGCGGGCGCCGGGGGGCAGUGGGCGGGCGACGUGGGGUUCGAGGUGGCGGCGAUUCCGUCGCCCUGCUCCGUGGGCACGUUCGCGCGCUGGUUGAGACGACCCAACGGAUCGUACAAAUGGACCUCCUACACGUGUGCGGCCAUGUCAGUGGCGCUCGUGGGCAGCAGGAACAUGCUCCGAGCAACGGAGAAACGAGCGCGCAAAGCAGCUGCUGCUGCUGCUGCCGCCGCUGCUUCCGUCACUGCUUCUGGUGGUGCUGAUGGUGGCCGGUCUAGAAAACUCUUGGCUGCUGAUUCUGCUGCUGCUGGCACUGGUGUGACCGACACCGCCGCUGCUGCUGGUACUGCUACUGCUGCUGGUACUGCUACUGCUGCUGCUGGUGAAGCUGGUAUUCCACACACAACAACGACGACAGCGGCGAGCGAGAGCGCAAGUGAGCUCGUACCAGUGCGGCGGAAGCUAACGAGCGACGAGGAGGUUUUUGAGGCGCCUCAAGAGGCAAGCGAGCUCGUGGCAGUGCGGCGAAGGCUCACGGGCAGCGAGGAGAGUUUUGAGUCGACUCAAGAGGCUGAUGUUUCACCCACAGCAAGGACGAGUGGGGGUGAAGGCGAGCUCGUGGCAGUGCGGCGGAAGCUAACGGGCGACGAGGAGAGCUGCGAGGAAAAAGGCCCGUUUGCGUGCGAGAGCAAGAAGCAGCUGCUGCGAGAUCUGCUCCUAGCGCUCGGCCCUGCACUAGAAGAGGAGGCCAUUGCAGCGAAGGGUGAUGGCGGUGCUGCUGGUGCUGGUGCUGGUGGUGCUGGUGGUGCUGGUGCUGGUGGUGCUGAUGGUGCUGGUGGGAGAAGUGGAGGGACUGGGAUGGAUGGGGGGGAGGGAGAGGAGGGGAAGAUGGAACGUGGGGAGGCGGAUUCUGGGAUUCCGGGGGUGGGGAUUUCGACACGGUUUGCGCUGGUGGGGGACUCGCACAUGCGAAACCUGUUUUUUGACCUCACGUAUUCUCUGCUGCGGGAUGAGAGGGUGAAGAAUGGGGAGAAUGGGGAGAAUGGGGUGAGUGGGGUGAAUGGGGUGAAUGGGGUGAAUGGGACGAAUGGGACGCUGGGCGGGCAGUCGAGGCUGGUGUUUCGAAAGAACCUUCACGGGCAGAUGUGCUCGCUGAUCUCGUCCUCUGGGCUGAUCCGCGCGUGCCACGAAUCUGUGGGCAGCGUUGUACACCCGGCGUAUGAUGACGUGGCGCGGAACGCUGAGCUGGCGCGUAGCGCUGAGCUGGCAGCGAGGAGGGGGAAGGGGAACGGGGGGAAGGGGGCGGCGAAGGAGAGAGGGGAGUGGGGGAGGGGAACGGAGGAGCGAUGGAUGGAGAUUAGGUAUUACUGGGUGGAUGGGCUCUACCUCAACGGCCAAGACGGAUGCCUGCAAUCCCCACCACCCGUUCCCCUUUCUCUCCCUGGCCUUCCCUCCCUGGCCUUCCCUCCCUGGCCUUCCCUCCCUGGCCUUCCCUCCCCGGCCUUGUCUCUCCCACAACCGGGGGAAGUAUCCUGUGCUACUGGCAAACAGUGCGCACUGGAGCUUUACCUUCUGCACCGAGCCUGA